AAUAAUAAUUAUUAUUAUAACAAGUGAAACGAAUGUAGUGCUGUUUAUGUGUAUACACAAUAGAUAUAAACAUACUACUUGAGUGAUUUUUUCUGUACGUACAUAUAUGCAUGUAAAUGUACGUGCGCGCAUACGUACAUGGACGUUUACGUACACUUCUAUCUGUGUACAUUUCUUGUAGGUGCGGUGACAAUAAACAAAUUUUGUUGGGUGAUUUUAAUACCUAACAUUUUUCCAAGAAAUUCAUUUUUUGUGAAUAAUAAGAACAAGAUACACUGCCAACAACAUUGAUUCACUUUUACACUUAUUGUACUUGUAUACAUAUAUAGUGCAUUUGUAUUGUAUUGUAUUGUCAAGUGUACAUCAAAUCUUGCUGUAUUUUAUCUACAGAUCUUAAAAGACCUGCAUAUUUCUAUAAAAUCGUGAAAUUCUCUUUACAUAUAAAUAUUAAUUAUGAUGGAUAUGCGCAACAAACUGGAGACUUCAGAUAGUUUACCGUUGUGGAAUACUAAUUUCAAUUUAUGUUCAACGAAUAAAUGUGGAUCAACAAAUUGUGAAUGUAAAAUAUUUCAGCCUAUUUUAAGUAAUAUACGUCAAUGUACAAAUUGUCAUCAUUCAUGGACUUUACAUGUCCUACCGAAAUUAACAAAUUUACCAGUUUAUUUCGAAUUGAAUAAUUCAUCAAAUAGUAUAAUGUUGAAUGCAACUUUAGAAUUAUUAAGCAUGUCACUAUUUGGUUGUCAAGCCAUACCGAUGAGAAUUAAAAUUUUAUUAGAUCGUUUAUUAUCUGGUCAAUUAGCACAUGCCGAUGUUGUUAGAUUAUUGUUAACAUUUGGUUGGACAUUUCAAGAUUAUAGCCGCGGUUAUAUGUUAACUAAUCCAAAUGGUACAUUAAAAGAUCAUUGGGAAAUGUGUAAUAUAGAUGAAGAAAAUUUAAUUAUUCAACAAUUUCUACGUUUUCCUGAAACUUGUCAAUUAGCCUAUUUAAUGUUAUCACAAGGAUAUAGUCAAAAAAUUCAAAGUAGAUUAUUAAAUUUAAAUCCAAUGAUUAAUCGAAAUUUUACAAAUCAAUUAUCACAAUUGGGUAAUAGUAGUAGUAAUAGUAGUGGUAUUAUUACUGCGAUUACUACUAGUAACAGUAGUACUAUUGCUACUACUACUACUACUAAUAAUAAUAAUAAUAAUAUCAGUAAUACCGAUAGUAUCAAUGUCAAUAAUAAUCAUAUAUCACCUGAUCCAACUUAUAAAUUAAAGUCGGACAUAAAAUAUGAAAAUAAGAAAUCACAAGAUAUCACUUUAGGAUUAUUAUCUCCAACAAUUACUGAAAUAUCACCAAACAGUACUAGAACAUUAACAAUUUCAUCAUUUUCCAAUAGUUCCUCAUCAUCUGUUUCACCAGCUAAUGAGAAUAAACAACGUAAUCCUACUGGUAGUUUACUUAAUUCACCAAACAGUAUAAAUAAUACUCCAUAUAGCAGUAGUGAUAGUAAUAAUAAUAAUAAUAAUAAUAGUAUGAAAAAGAAUAAAAUUAAUAAUUCAAAUGAAUUCUUAGAAAUAACUAGAAAUGAUAUUGAAUUCGAUCCAGUACAUCGAAUGACUGGUAAAAGUAACUGUAAACGAAUGAAAUCUAAUGGGAAUGAACAAAACUUUGAUUUAUUAAUUGGAAACAAUGGUAAUUCAUUGAAUACUAACGUAAACAAUAAUGAUAAUAAUAAUUAUAAUAAUCCAUUUGUUACUGCAAUGGCGGCGGCUGCUGCAGCUGCUGUCAGUGGAUUUCCAUUACCUCCUAAUAUUUUCAAUAGUUUAAAUCCAUUCUUAAAUAAUUCAACGUUGAAACAUUCAAAAUCUCUUUUAGAUUCAAAAUUAUUAGAUAUGAAAUUAAAUGAACAAUUAUUUCUGAACAAAAUAUAUGAUAAAUCCGAUGUUCAUUGUUCAAUGGAAGAGAGAAAACAUGUUGAUCCUUCUAAAUUAUCAUUAACAAUAUCAUCAAAUCAGGAUAUUUUAUCAAAUAGUAAUUUAAUGAAUUUUUCACCAUUUAAUUCAUCAACAUUUCCAGUGACAUCACAAUUAGCUAAUGCAUUAGUUGCUGCAUCUACAUUUCAUCCGAAACAUUCAUCAUCAAUAAUAUCACCAUCAAUAUCAUUAAAUUCAUCUUCAUCAUCUUCAACAUCAACGGUAGCAGCGGCAGCAGCAGCAGUGGCUGGAGCAUUAGGAACACUUUCAACUAUUACUUUAAACAAUACUGCAAUGUCACUAGGAGCCUUCACGACGGCAACAACAACAACUUCAACGUCAAUGGCUACAGCAACUGCAAUAACAACAGAUUUUCCGACAUCUUGUAAUCUCAACAACAAUUCUCCAAAUGACUUGAUGAAUAUAAAUAUAUGGAAUGAUGUCCAAAUACCAUUUAAACUAAAUAAUAACAAUAAUCAAAUUCCAUUAGGCCAAAAUCAAAGUAUUUUAAAUGAACAAACAAUCCCACUUCAUUCAGCUGAUACUAGUUUAUUUGGAGUGAAUAAUUGGUUACCGAAUACCUUACAUAAUUUAUCUACACUGAAUCAAGAACAAAUCAAUUCAGAAUUGAUGCUUUUCAAUUCAACUGCUCAAAAUUUAUCUACGAAUUCAUUGAAAUCCAAAUAUUUCAAUGAAAAUUAUUUAUAUCAAACUAAACGUCAUCAGAAUACAUUAUCGAAUUCCAUGUUAACGUCAACAAAUAAUACAAUACCAGUAUCAACUCCUCCUCCUCAUCAUCAUCAUCAUUCAUAUAAGAUAACAAAAAGAAAAUAUGAAAGUCAUCGACAGGAAUUUGUGAAAACUCGACGAACUCAUACUUCAGUAUCAACAACAUCAGCAACGACAACAACAAUGUCAGGGGAUCAAAUGAAUUCAAAUUAUUCAACUUCCAAUAUGAAUUCAUUAAAUGAACAUUGUAAUGAAAGUAAUGGUUAUAAUUUUGCACGAAAUAAAAAACGUGUACUAUGUACAACAUGUAAAAAAUCAUUUUGUGAUAAAGGAGCGCUUAAAAUUCAUUAUAGCGCAGUUCAUUUAAAAGAAAUGCAUAAAUGUACAAUUAAAGGUUGUAGUAUGUGGUUCAGUUCUAGACGAAGUCGUAAUCGUCAUUCAGCUAAUCCAAAUCCACGUUUACAUAUGGCACAUUCCAGUAAAAAACUUCCAGAAAAUGCAACAAUUGUUGAUGAUGGUAGUGGCAAAGUAAUAGGUAGACGUAAUCCUCUGCCUAAUUCAGUGUUGAAUCCUCCAUUAUUACCAAUUAUUACUACGACAUCGUCAACAAUUAGUGCUAAUUCUACAUCUUAUGGUGAAUGGACAAAUGAAUUCAAUGAUUCUGUGCACAUGAAAAAUUCAACAACAAAGUAUAAAUCAUCAACUAAGAGUAUUUAUUCAACAGGUCGACGUAGACGUGAUAGAUCUAAUUUAAAUGAUUAUGUUAAUUGGCCAAAAUUAUCAAUGGAUUCACUAAGUCAUACGUCAAAUGAUAGUCAACUUCAUUCACCUCAUUCUUCUCGUUUAAAUUGUCGUCAAUCACACAACAAUCACCAACAACAUCGUCAUCAUAAACAACAUUUAAACUCAUGGAAAUAUUGUAAUACUGAAACAAAUUCUGAUGUUGAAAUCAGUAAUAAUGAUCUUUGGAAUAAAUCACAAUAUGUUAAAAGUAUUGAUUCCGGUGUUAAUAGUAAACAUAAAGACAAUAGACAAGGUUAUAUAUCGAGUAAUAAUAGUGAAUUCGAUGGUGAUAACGAUGAUGAUGAUGACGAUGACGAUGAUAACGAGGGAGAGGAUGAUGAAGAAGGUGUCUUAAUUCCGGAUGGAAUUAGUUCAUAUGCUGACGAAAAUGAUGAUUACAUAACAACAAAUAAUUCAGAACAUAAUCUAGAAGUUAGUAUUAACAGUGAAAAUGAUAAUGAUGAGAUUAUUAAUGUUGAUAAUACAGAUGAACAAGAACAAAACUUAAAAUCUCAUUUAACGAUAACAUCUCCAACUAGUACCAACAGAAUUAAUGAAUUAAAAGUAAUAACUGAUGCCGAUGAAGUUGGUGAGAUAUUGUUAGAUGAACAUUAUUCCACUAAAAAACAUUCAAAUUAUAAAUUGCCAACAUCAGACUUUUCAGCCGCUUCAUUGGCUCAAUCACCAAGUCAUCACAUUGAUAAUAUUGAUAGUUAAAUAAAUGAAAUCAAACAGAUCAAGUUUUUUUCAAGUAUAAAAUCGAUCCAAAAGAUCUCAGAAUUCAUUUAUUUGCAAACAUUAACCUCUUUAUACUUAUGAUGGAAACAAUAAGAGUCUGACUUGGAACAGUCUACAUACGUAUAUUCAACUAUUGCCAGACCCUGCUCGACUUUGUCUAGUCACAAAAAUAUGACAAAUGUUGCAAUAAUAUAUCACUUAUUAUUUGUCUAACCCUUUUUUCUAUUAAUUUCUAUGAUUUGUAAAUAAAUUUACAUGACUUCUUUUCUUCAAUCUUUUAUUUAAUUUAUAUGAAUAUAAUGUAAUUCAAUUA